CAAGAAAGAGUGGAAGCUUUGGAAUUCUUUUCCUGUUAUAUUUUUGGGUAGUACUAAAUCUCAGGCUGUGUUUUGACAAAGUUUUUUUGCUCUUCCAGCUCUAAAGCGAUUUACUUACACCUAGAGAAAUUUGAGUCUGUGCUUGUUGGAUUAAUAGGAGACAAAUGUGAUUUGAUGCUGCUGUGGUUCUGCUCUGUAAAAUUGCAUGUCAAGAGGUUGCCUUUACUUGGUAGAUACAUUAGCAGGAGAUCCAGAGGUUCUGCAAGUUGAUGCUGAAACAUACUAUGAAAAACUCUUGAAGGAAUCAUCCUCCAUUCAGGAUGUUUUUUCGAUCCCUGGAGGAGAAAAGGUUAAACUUGAAGAUUCCUGUGUGUGUUUUGUCCCUCUCUACCGAAAUAAUCCUACUUGCAAAAUGUUGCUGUUAACAGACCCAAAGGAUAAAGAGACAGUUUUGGCAGUUUAUCUGAACCGGUGCUGGUGGCCUGUUGAAGAUGUAGUAAAGACAGCUGAUCCUUCGAGAGAUGGGCUAAUUUCAGUCCAGACAUUUGGAGAAAGGAUUGUCCUCUUUGUUCUGAACUGCAUUAUUUUUGGAAUGCUCGAAGGGAGUGCAGCUGAUGAUGCAUUCUUUCUACCUCACUCUGCCACCGAAUGUGCCAAGAUACUCUGGAGAAAUGGCGAGGCUGUUGCCUUUUACUCGGUCAAGAUGAAAGGGAGCCUAUGUGAUGGUACAACCAGUCAAUGUUACUUGCUGCCGGUUUUGGAUACUAUAUUUGUCCGGAGAAAGUGCAGAAGAAGUGGCCUAGGGAUGAAAAUGCUGCGUGAUUUCUGUCAGUCUUUCAUGGCUGAGGAUGCCUUGGGGAUCAGCUGCCCUAUUUCUGCUGCGAUGUAUCAAGUUUGCCAGAAAUUCUUGCAGACUUAUCCUGAGGAGCAGAAGCGACUGUGGGAGGUGGAAGCACCAGGAGAUUGGAGCCAGCGAGUGAAUAUCUGGUUAAAAAUUCAGAUGGAGUCAUCCUCUGCAGGAAGGCAUUGAAUACAUUCCUGGUGUUCGGAACGUGGCGGAAGAUGCCACAGAAAAAAAGAUGACACAGCAGAAGCAGGGACUCUGAACUCAGAGGGUUCUGAACAACAGGACUUAGAAAAAGGUCCAGGCAAUACUCGGCAAAGCAAAGGAUUCAGAAAAAGAGCAGGCCGUGGGGGCUUUAGUUGGAGACAAGGCCGCCAGACAGUUCAGAAUUAUACUGUAAUUGCACUUUCAAAAAUAAGCAAAAUCCAGUUUUAAAAAUGGUAAUUGACUGUUCAUAAUUUGUAAUGCUGGAGAGAUUUCUUCAGGUAAAA